AUGAUAGAAAAAGAACGCGAGAAUGAGGCCGCCAUCACGGCCGCCAAGGACGAGCACAGGCUAGGCGUGCGCACCGCCCUGGCGGCAUACCCCUGGGCGGUGGUCUGGUCGCUGGCAGUCUCCAUGUCGAUCAUCAUGGAGGGAUACGGCACGAUCCUCAUCGGCAGUCUGUACGCGUAUCCGUCGUACGCGCGGGAAUUCGGCCAGCCGGACAAUAGAGCUGGCUCGGAAUACCAGAUCCCUGCGAAAUGGCAGAGCGCGAUGGGCAGCGGGCCCAGCGCCGGGUCGAUAGUGGGCGCCCUGGCCAACGGAUUCAUUAUCCAGCGGUUUGGGUACCGGGUUGCCUUCUUUAUUGGGCUGGUCAUGAUGGGCGCGUUUGUGUCUAUAUCUUUCUUUGGUAUGUCUGUGCAGCUCCAGGCUGUUGGACAGAUCAUGUGUGGCAUCCCCUGGGGCAUCUUCGCAACCAUCGGCUCCGCGUACGCCUCGGAACUGUGUCCUCUGGCUCUCCGCGUGUAUCUGACGGCGUACACCAACUUCUGUUUCGCGACAGGGCAGCUGAUCGGCGCCGGCGUGCUGCAGUCCUUCCUCCACCGGGAGGGCAACAACUGGGCGUGGCGCAUCCCGUUCGCGAUACAAUGGAUCUGGCUGCCGUUCCUGCUUGUUGUCGCCUUCUUUAUGCCCGAAUCCCCCUGGUGGUUUGUCCGCCGGGGCCGAUACCCCGAGGCGGAAGACAGCGUGCGGCGACUGAUGGCGAAGACGUACCGUGAGCAAGACGACGGGCAGCAUGUGAAGCACGCCGUUGCCCUGAUGAUCCACACAAACAGUCUCGAGCAGAGCAUCGCGCAGGGGGUCUCGUACCUCGACUGUUUCCGGGGCAUCGACCGCCGGCGCACAGAGAUCGCGUGCGUGACAUUUCUCGGACAGAUCACCUGCGGGGCACAGCUGGCGUACUCGGCGACUUAUUUCUUCAAACAGGCGGGCAUCUCGUCGGCCAGCGCGUACAAGCUGAACCUGGGCGGGACGGGUCUGGCGCUGGCGGGCUCGACCCUGUCGUGGUUCGUGAUGCGGCGGGUGGGCCGGCGCAGACUGUACAUGUGCGGGAUGGGCGCCAUGGCGGGCUGUCUGCUGCUGGUCGGGGCGCUGACGGCGGGGGACAAUGGAGACGCGGGGGUGAAAUGGGUGCAGUCGGCGCUGUGUCUGCUGUGGCUGUUGUGCUUCUCCCUCUCUGUCGGCCCCGUGGGAUGGACCAUCCCAGCCGAGGUAUCGUCGACGCGGCUGCGGUCCAAGACGGUGGUUCUUGCACGGACGUCGUAUUACAUGCUGCAGAUUGUAGCCAAUAUCAUGGAGCCGUACAUGAUGAAUCCCACGGCGUGGAACUGGGGCGGAUACACGGCGUUUUUCUGGUCUGUCACUGCCUUGCUCUCGUUGAUUUAUGCCUUCUUUCGACUGCCAGAGAGCAAGGGACGCUCCUUUGAAGAGAUGGAUCUUUUGUUCGCUGCGCGGGUGCCUACCAGGAAGUUCCGGGACUGGAGGCCUAGUAUAACAGUAUAG